AUGGAUGUGAGUCAGAUUGAGGAAGGAACUUGGGGUCUUGGAGUGAUUAUCUGUAAUUCAGAUGGUCAAAUCAUGGAAGUGAAGUCAAACUGGAUGGUUGGAGAAAAUAAUCUAUUGCCAGCAGAAACUAUGGCGAUGAAGAUUGGGUUAUAUAUUUCCAGUGAUAAAGACAUCAAACGUUUGAGAAUUAAAUUAGAUUGCCUCGAGUUUGUGAAGUUGAUGAACCAUGGAGGUGAUUAUCUACUUACAACAUCGACAAGGAGGAUAUGCCAUAGAAUGGUGAAGAUGAAGCAGCAAUUACAAAAGAUCGAUAUUGUUCAAAUACCCAGAGAGAAGAAGAAGACGAAGCAUGAAGCCGCUAGAAUUUGUGUCUCCAAGAGUAUCGAGAACAUCAAUAAUCCAGAUAAACAUAAAAAUAAUAGACCCUUAGAGGACAAAUCCAUAAUGGGCCUAAAAGCCCAAUUGUAA